ACUAUAAACUGCAAUUUUUAUGAUUUGAUUGAGUAGCUCCAUCUCUUUGAUCUUAGAACCCUAGAAUUGUAAAACUUCGUGCUCUGUAUUGGAUCGGAUACACGGUAGAGAGAAGGAUUUCUUCUUGGUUGGGGGCGCAACAUGUCAGCUGUUGUACGCGGAAAGCGAUCAAACUUCUUCGAGGAAUCGCCGCCAGUUUCCAAGAGAAUCCGCUAUUUUCUUCGUAUCCACGCCGAGCUUUCUCCGCCGCUCGGGUUUGCUGCUUCUCCAAUUCGUCCGCGCAGCUCGAUCAUCUUGUCGCUCUUUUUCCCGAUAUGGAUAGACAGUUUCUUGGGAAAGCAUUUAAAGAAUCUGGUGAUGAAAUGGAUUCAGCAAUUAAAAGACUAAAUGAGCUUAAGGUGUAGUUGCAAAUAGCCAGAGUGCUGCUGCAAGAGGGGAAUCAUCUCGUGGAAGCAGUUUGCCUGUCAACGGUGCAGAGUGGGUGGAGCUCUUGGUGGGACAAGUGAUGAAUGCGUCACAUAUAGAGCAGGCUAGGGAACGUGUGGCGCAAGCCCUCGAGUCACUACAGAAGUCCAUUUGUGAGAAUGUAAUUAUAGGUGUUCAGAGCCUUCAGAAGGAGAACCUACUGCAAAAGCAGCAGCAGCUGGAAAAGCUCCUUGAUGAGAAAACUAUUUUGAAGCAGGCAGUUUCUGUUCAGCACGAGCGACAGGAGGAGUUUGAGGAAAUGGGCCAGGAGAUGCUGAGGCUGAAGCAACUGGUAGUUCAAUACCAGGAGCAAGUUAGAACUCUUGAGGCUAACAACUAUGUUUUGACGAUGCACCUGAGGCAGGCUGAGCAAAAUAACUCAAUCCCUGGGCGUUUUAAACCAGAUGUGUUUUAGCUAAUAAAACGGUUAGACUCAUCUGGCUCGAUCAUAGGGUUCGAAUGUAUUUAUUGAACUUCGCUAAAGGGUUAGAAUCACCUUGGAUAAGUAUGUGUGAUAUGCGUAUGAAUUUUAACUCAAUGUGUGAUCUGAAAUUCUUUCGCAGUUGGAAAUCUUAGUAGUUCUGUGUUCA